UUUGCCCUUUUCUACGACAAUCCUUCCAUUUGUUUUACAUUCAUAAAUGUGCUCUCUUGUUACUUUUCCGUUUCCCCUCUCCAUUUUCAUCCAUUAUCCAUCUUUCUACUUCUUUUUCUCCAGCAAAGGAAGGGUGUUUUUUUUUUUUUAAAGCGAACAUGAGUAAAACAGCCUUUGUUUUACUCUAUUUUGGCUGCAUAUUCAUCGUCUGUGAAGCCGAAUCGAUCAGUCAGAAGCCUCAAGCGUUUGAGUCCUUCAACGUCAGUUAUAUACAGAAUUUAGGGAGCUGUUCUUACUCGGUUGUUAUUUCAACGAGCUGUUCCUCAACUAGUUACACUCGAGAUCAGAUCAGUAUCGCUUUUGGGGAUGCUUAUGGUAAUCAGGUAUUUGUGAUUGUUUUCCCUGAUAAUCAGAUAUAUGCACCGAGGUUGGAUGAUCCAUCCACUAGGACAUUUGAACAAUGUUCUUCAGAUACAUUUGAGAUAUACGGACCAUGUGCAUAUCAGAUCUGCUAUGUUUAUCUCUAUCGAUCUGGACCCGAUGGUUGGAAGCCUGAGAGUGUGAAGAUUUAUGGUUAUAAUUCGAGGGCUGUUACUUUUUACUAUGACACCUUCAUUCCUGGUGACAUUUGGUAUGGAUUUAAUUAUUGCAACAGUGCUUCUUCUUCGCAUCGACAGAUUGGUCAGAGAUCGUUCUCAUUUGUGAUUCUUUUGUUUGCUUUCUGUGCACUCUUAUGAGUAUGUGUCUGCAAAGUCUGUAAUACCCAUGUUACGAAAGAUUGUAGGAUGUGAUUUGAAGUAUAGACAUUGUUUCUCUCUCAAGGAUGCUGUUCGGUGUUAAUAACAAACUCUUGCACUGCAAUUCAUGCUGGUUAAGAACGCUAGACUGUUGCAUGUUGGUAGUUGUGCUGCAUUAUGCUGUUCGGUGUAAAUACUAACUCUUGCACUGCAAUUCAUGCUGAUUAAGAACACUGGACUGUUGCAUGUUGGUAGUCGGACUGCAUCUUUAUUUCACUGCAAUUUUGGGAGGACAGUGAUCCCCUUCUGGUCGGAAAGGGUGGUGCUGGUUGGAUAUUAAUCUUUUCAAAACUGUAUGGUUCUCUGACAUGUUAAGAAAGAGCAUGUGACAGAGUAUUCCAAUUAGUGUGUAUGAGGAGGCACAAUAUUAGCCACUCCAUGGCCCAGAACUGUGGUAUUUGGAGACAGUAAAUGAAUCUUGAAUCCAAGAGCUUCAGAGUGCACUCUCCAUGCAUAUUUUGGAUUGUUGCAGCUACCGCUUGCGCCAGGAAUGAUGCCAAGUAAGUUGAUCAAAGAACGAUGAGGACUUGACAAUUUAUAUUUAUUCAUUGGAGCUAGGGAAAGCUCGAGGGGUAAAACAUCUGCUGAUGCUUUCCUAACAAGGUUGGUUGCUCUGCGUAAGCACGUAAUGGAGUUAAAAGGAGCUUAAUUUACAUUUUCUUUUUCCUUGGUGCAUAAAGUUUUAUUAACAAUUAACUUAACAUGCGGUUAUCCAAACUAUUCUCUUCAAACACUGACCAUGAGCAAAGGGUUGCAAUGGAGAUAUUACACUUCUUUUUUAA